AUGAAGUAUAAAACGAUUGUUGCGAUUCCUUUUGUGGGUCUAGCUCUGGCCGGUGCAGUCCCUGCCAGAAAGAAAGAAAAUCUCGCAGCUAGGGCGAUUCCAAACCUUUGCAACAACAAUGGCGUCCCUGAAGGCGGUGGCAGCUGUGCUUGUUACUACUGCCCUGGUGGUGGCGGAGAAUACCCUCCGAUUCCUCUUUGCACUGACCGCUACGGCAACAAUUGUACCAGUGAUGUUGACAUGAGUACCUGCUGUUGCGGCUGUUGUUGCACCCCUGUAUCUAUCCCUCAACUUCCUCCUUGCGCCAAGGUCGGCUCCCCUAUUCCCGAGAUCAAUUGUGACUCCAAUGUCUGUGUCAAUUGCUGCGACUGCGUAAACUACUGA